ACAGUUGUGAUUAACAUGUAAAAUAAAAUUAAAAAUAUAAUUUUUGCUCUGUCCCCUUUUGUACAGUGUAUUAAACAAACUUCAUUUCUAGGUUUCGGCGAAGGUCUAUAAUCCGUAUUGUUUCCCGAAAAUAGAAGUGUAGGAUAAUCAACCACUUUCUUCCUCAGUAAGAAACUAUGGAUAUGAGUGGAAUCUGGGACCAGCUUCAGGAUAUUGGUGGUGAUGCUGAUGUAGCCGAUUGGAGGACUGGGCUAGAUGAGGAUUCCAGACAGAGGAUUGUAAAUAAGAUAAUUAAGAUUAUGAUGCUUCGCGUGUAUAGAACGGAGACCUUGAAGAGGCAUCUUCCUUUCUCUGGAGAGGAGGGGCUGCGGGAAAUCAAGAAAAUAGCCAUAAGGUUCGAGGAAAAAACUUUUGCUAGUGCAAUAAGUCAGUCAGCAAUGUGUUCUUGCAGUCAGAUUACUUGAGAAAAAUAUCUUUGAAGAUGUUGUCAAUGGAGACAACACCGCGGAAUCCCACUGACAAUUCUACCCAGGUCAAUGCUGUAGGCAACACUAGCCAAAACACCCAUGAUCCAGGUAAUGGAGAUUCCAUGUAUAUACAACUAAAUAUUUGAUAUGUGAUUAUCUGGUCCUUUUGAAAUGAAUGGACAGUAUUCUCAUUGUUCUUUACUUUUAGCCAUGAUUCGUUGUUAGGAAAACUAGCACAUACUUGUGGCUUACGUUUGGUGUAUCAAAUUAGAUCAUAUAAAAAUUUAGUAUAAAAUUGUAAUGGAAAAUAAUUGGAAGAGGUUAUUAUGAUAGAUUAAUGUGGAUAAUAUUCAUUUCUUUUUCAUUCAA